UGCGUAUGGCGUAGUUAUGCAGCUGAUGAGAAAUCGGUUUCCAUUGCUACCUGGAAGCCUCAUUUGAAGGCCUUACAUACCUGCAGCCCUACAAAUCAGAAGCUGAGCUUUAAAGAACGGGUGCGGAUGGCUAGCCCGAGAGGCCAGAGUAUCAAGGGCAGACAAUCUUCAGUUGGGGACAGAAGAUCGCCAAGUACGGAUAUUACCGCAGAGGGCAGCCCAACAAAAGUACAAAAGAGUUGGAGCUUCAAUGACCGAACACGCUUCCGGCCUUCCCUGCGUUUGAAGAGUUCUCAGCCUAAGCCAAUACCAGAUACUGAGGCCAAUCUUGGUGCUGAUGACCUAUAUGAUGAAAGAGGAUGUCAGUGUGAUGUAUCAGUAGAAGAUCUAACUCCAGCACUUAAAACAGUUAUCCGAGCUAUCAGAAUCAUGAAAUUUCACGUUGCCAAAAGGAAGUUUAAAGAAACUUUACGUCCCUAUGAUGUCAAAGAUGUCAUUGAACAGUAUUCAGCAGGUCACCUGGAUAUGCUGUGUAGAAUUAAAAGUCUCCAGUCUCGGGUUGAUCAGAUUCUUGGAAGGGGACAAAUUACCACCGAUAAAAGAAGUCGAGAAAAAAAUACUGUAGAGAAUGAGACAACUGAUGACCUCAGCAUGUUAGGGCGUGUAGUCAAGGUAGAAAAACAGGUCCAAUCUAUUGAAUCAAAAUUAGAUUCACUACUAGACAUUUAUCAACAGGUUUUGAAGAAAGGAUCUGUGUCCGCAUUGACUUUAGCUUCGUUUCAAAUGCCGCCUUUUGAAUGUGAUCAAACCUCUGGUUACCAGAGUCCUGUAGAUAGUAAAGAUUUGUCUAAUUCUGCUCAGACUAGUGGAUCUGUUUCCAGAUCAGCCAGUGUCAACAUGCCAUGUGGCCUACAGCUUAUAUUGACACCAAAUGAAUUCAACACUCAAGCUUACUAUGCCUUUAGUCCAACUAUGCAUAGUCAAGCCACACAGGUGCCAAGCGAUGGAUCUGUAACUCUGUCCACUAAUAAUGCACUAAACCAAAUAAAUCAGACAUCUAAACCAACAGCACCCACUACAUUACAGAUACCCCCCUUUUCAUCAGUAAAGCAUAUCAAUAGGCUGCAGCCUAUUAAUUUUAUUCCUGUUAACACACAGGAAAAUACUUCUGAUGUCACCACUUGCCUUGUUGCUUCAAAGGAUAAUGGACAAAGUUCACAGUCCAGUGUGACAAAGGAUCUUUCAUGGAGAAAAAGCCUUGACACAGAGAAUGAACCUCUAGUCUCUGUGAAACCAACGGUACAAAUGGAUAUAGGAAAAUCACUGUCAGUACAAAACCUUAUACAGUCAACAGCUGAAGAACUGAGUCUACAGAUUUCUGGAAGUGAUACCAGUAGUUCAAGAAGUAGCCAAGAACUAUAUAGCAAAUGGAGGGAAUCAAAAUUAUUUAUAACUGAUGAAGAUUUGGAAACAGAGAGAGAAAAUGAAACUUUUGAAGCCAUUACCCACCCAUUAGUGGAAACAACUCUCUCUACUGACUCUCUAAGGACUGGAAUGUCAAGAUCAUCUCAAAGUAUUUGCAAGCCAGGAGACAGCACAGAUGUUCUCAGCCUUCCUCAUGUCAAACUUAAAUAA